CCGAGAUGGAUACUUUUUCUAUUGUUCUGUGGUCUUUCAUUAGCAUUGUGUCACUAAUUUUUAUUUAUUUCAAGAAGAAAUAUUCGUAUUGGAAAGAUCGCGGUGUGAAUUAUGUUGAACCGACGUUUCCCCUUGGAAAUCUACCAUUUCGGAAGGCACAUUUUAAAGAUUUCACUCUCAAGAUCUACAAGCAUAAAAAUGAAGACCCUUUUGUGGGCGCCUACAUGAUAGCGAAGCCAAUAAUUAUCCCAACAAGCCUCGACUUCAUACAGAACAUCCUAGUGAAAGAUUUCAGUAAUUUCCAUGAACGUGGAGGAUACUCGAAUGAAGUAGAUGAUCCUUUGACUGCCCACAUGUUUGCCGUAGAUGGAGAAAAAUGGAAAUUUCUACGCACGAAGUUAUCUCCGACAUUCACCUCUGGCAAGAUGAAGUUCAUGUUCCCGACAGUGGUAGAAGUGGCAAAUCGAUUCAAUGCUACUCUCGCAGAUAUUGUCAAACCGGAAUCAGAACUGGAACUCCGAGAUCUACUCGCCAGAUUCACAACAGAUGUGAUUGGUUCCUGUGCGUUUGGGAUAGAAUGUAACAGUUUGAAAAAUCCCAACUCAGUAUUCCGAUACUACGGUAGGAAGGUAUUCGAAGAUAUUACAAUUGGGCCAAAAAUAUUGUUAGCUCUUAACUACCCCAACAUAGCAAAGAAGCUGCAUGUUAGGUUGUUUCCGAAAGAACUCACUGACUUUUUCCUAAAUACAGUUCGUGAAACAAUCGAUUAUCGCGAGAAAAAUAAUGUUAAACGGAAUGAUUUCAUGAAUUUCCUAAUCCAACUGAAAAACGGAGAGAGCAUUGACGAUGAAAGCUCUAAUCAGACGAAAAAAUUAACUAUAGAAGAGGUCGCAGCACAAGCCUUUCUAUUCUUUAUCGCCGGUUUUGAAACAUCGUCCACAACGAUGACAUAUUCUUUGUAUGAGUUGGCACUGAAUCCCGAUAUCCAGGAAAAGGCCCGACAGGAAAUCAAAGACAUUUUAGAGAAACAUGAAGGCAAAUUGACUUAUGAAGCCGUUCAAGAAAUGACAUAUAUUGAUCAAUUAAUAACUGAGGCGCUUCGCAAAUAUCCACCAGUCGUAUUUCUUAGGAGAAAAGCUGCUCGAGAUUAUAAAAUACCUAAUACUAAAAUAAUUAUUGAGAAAGGACAAGAAAUAAUGAUCCCAGCAUACUGUAUUCAUCAUGAUCCUGAAAUAUAUCCGAAUCCUGAAUCUUUCGAUCCAAACCGCUUUACACCAGAACAGAUAAAAACUCGGCACCCAAUGUCAUUCUUGAGUUUUGGUGAUGGCCCUAGAAAUUGUGUAGGGUUACGUUUUGGUCGGAUGCAAACACGAAUCGGUCUUAUCACUUUAUUAAGAAAUUAUCGGUUCAAACCAUCUCCCAAGACUGCAAUCCCCCUAAUUUUUGACCCAGAGAAAGGAAUACUUACUCCGAAAGGUGGAAUGCACCUUGGAGUAGAGAGAAUCGAGAGAAAUUAAUAUAUUAGGUUUUAAGGUUUCGGGAUAUUGUAACUGUAUUAUUAUCUUGCUUGCUGUAAGUUUAAGGUGGGGGUAUAUAUUUUGAGAAUGGAUUUAAAUUCAUAUAUUCAAUCAUAACUUCAUAACUCCUAUGUAAAUAGUGCGGGCUUCGAGGUGAUUACUUACUUACUUGCCGGAUUCUGGAAAGAAUGUUAGUUACUCCCUUAGAUUCGUCUAUUUGUGGUGUAACGCUAAUUUCAUAUUCAUGUUUUAACGAAAGUGGGAAGUGAUAUUCUAUAUGACAGUAGCCAAUAAAACUUUCAAAGUUCCAUACAUUUUCUUCUAGAAACCCUUUUUGUUGU